UACGAGGAGCUCGCCUGCUGCAACGUGUGCGGCGAGGGCGACUGGGAGGAGGACAACAAGAUCAUCUUUUGCGACUCCUGUGACCUGGCCGUCCACCAGGUAUGCUACGGCGCGGGCGCACGCGUGAUCCCAGAGGGCGACGCUCCGUGGUUCUGCGAUAUGUGCAAAUUCUCGAAGCGGGCGGGCGGCAGCAGUCGGCGCGUCGAGCAGGAGUGCAUCCUCUGCCCCGAGAAGGGCGGGGCGAUGAAGAGGACAACUGACGGCCGGUGGGCGCACAUCACGUGCGCGCUGUGGGUGCCCAACGCGCAGUUCCUGGACGCUGAGGGGCGCGACGUGAUCCACCCGUUCGCCAUCCACGAGGACCGGCUCAAGCUCGUCUGCACCAUCUGCGACAAGCGGAUGGGCGCGUGCAUCCAGUGC